GUCCCGCCGCUGUGCGCGCUGCUCCCGCUGCUGCUCCUCCGGGCGGCGCAGGCCGGCGCCCUGGAGAUUCAGCGCCGCUUCCCUUCGCCCACGCCCACCAACAACUUCGUCCUGGACGGCGCGGCAGGCACCGUGUACCUGGCGGCUGUCAACCGCCUUUACCAGCUGUCCGGCGCCAACCUGAGCUUGGAGGCAGAGGCAGCUGUGGGCCCGGUGGCCGACAGCCCCCUUUGCCACGCCCCGCAGCUGCCGCAGGCCUCGUGCGAGCACCCCCGGCGCCUCACCGACAACUACAACAAGAUCCUGCAGCUGGACCCCGGCCAGGGCCUGGUGGUCGUGUGCGGCUCCAUUUACCAGGGCUUCUGCCAGCUGCGGCGCCGGGGCAACAUCUCCGCCGUGGCCGUGCACUUCCCGCCCGCCGUGCCAGACGCAGAGCCGGUCACUGUGUUCCCCAGCAUGCUGAACGUGGCGGCCAACCACCCGAAUGCGUCCACCGUGGGGCUGGUCCUGCCGCCGGCCGCGGGCGCAGGGGGCAGCCGCCUGCUGGUGGGCGCCACGUACACGGGGUAUGGCAGCGCCUUCUUCCCGCGUAACCGGAGUCUGGAGGAUCAUCGCUUCGAGAACACGCCUGAGAUCGCCAUCCGCUCCCUGGACGCUCGCGGAGACCUAGCUAAGCUCUUCACUUUCGACCUCAAUCCCUCCGAUGAUAAUAUCCUCAAGAUCAAACAGGGCGCCAAGGAGCAGCACAAGCUGGGCUUCGUGCGCGCCUUUUUGCACCCGCCGGACUCACCACCUGGCGCUCCGUCCUACGCCUACCUGGCUCUCAACAGCGAGGCGCGCGCAGGCGACAAGGAGAGCCAGUCGCGGAGCCUCUUAGCGCGCAUCUGCCUGCCCCGUGGUGCCGGUGGAGACGCCAAAAAGCUCACUGAGUCCUACAUUCAGCUGGGUUUGCAGUGCGCUGGCGGCGCGGGCCGCGGCGACAUCUACAGCCGCUUGGUCUCUGUCUUCCCGGCGCGUGAGCUUCUUUUCGCAGUCUUCGAGAGGCCCCCGGGGGUCCCCACGGCCCGCGCGGCCCCUGCCGCUCUCUGCGCUUUCCAUUUCGCCGACGUGCAAGAGGCUAUCCGCGCAGCACGCACCGCCUGCUUCGUGGACCCCGCACCGGACGUAGUGGCCGUGCUCGACAGCGUGGUGCAGGGCACCGGGCCGGCCUGCGAACGCAAGCGCAACAUCCAGCUUCAGCCAGAACAGCUGGACUGCGGAGCUGCCCACCUGCAACACCCCCUGUCGAUCCUGCAGCCCCUCAAGGCCACACCUGUGUUCCGCGCACCUGGCCUCACCUCUGUUGCCGUGGCCAAUGUCAACAGUUACACCGUGGUCUUCCUGGGGACGGUCAGCGGGCGUCUCCUCAAGAUCAACCUGAAUGAGAGCAUGCAUGUGGUGAGCCGGCGGGUGGUGACAGUAGCCUACGGCGAGCCUGUGCACCACAUCAUGCAGUUUGACCCUGCAGACCCUGGCUACCUCUAUUUGAUGACGUCCCACCAGAUGGCCCGGGUAAAGGUAGCAGCGUGUGAAGUGCACUCCACCUGCAAGGACUGCGUGGGCACGGCAGACGCCUACUGCGGCUGGUGUGCGCUGGAGACUCGGUGCACGCUGCAGCAGGACUGCACCAACUCCAGCCUGCAGCACUUCUGGACCAGUGCCAGCGAGGGCACCGGCCGCUGCCCCACCAUGACCGUGCUGCCCGCUGAGAUCGAUGUGCACCAGGAGUACCCGGGCAUGAUCCUGCAGCUCUCGGGCAGCCUGCCCAGUCUCAGUGGCAUGGACAUGGCCUGUGACUAUGGGAAUGACAUCCAGACGGUGGCCCGGGUGCCGGGGCCUGCCUUCAGCCAGCAGAUUGCUUACUGCAACCUCCUCCCAAAGGACCAGUUUCCACCCUUCCCACCAAACCAAGACCACAUCAACGUGGAGAUGUCUGUGCAGGUCAAUGGCCGGAACAUCGUCAGGGCCAACUUCACCAUUUACGACUGCAGCCGCAUCGGACAAGUGUACCCCCACACGGCCUGCACAAGCUGCCUGUCGACACAGUGGCCCUGUUUCUGGUGCACUCAGCAGCAUGCCUGCGUGUCCAACCAGUCCUUGUGCGCGGCCUCCCCGAAGCUCACAAUCCCUCAAGACUGUCCUCAGAUCCUGCCCUCGUCCCUGGCACCUGUGCCCACAGGUGGCUCCCAGAACAUCCUGGUAUCUCUGGCCAAUGCCUCCAUUUUCCUGGGAACAGCCCUCGAGUGCAGCUUUGGAUCAGAAGAUAUCUUUGAGGCCGUGUGGGUGAAUGAAUCAACUGUACGCUGUAACCAAGUAGUACUGCACACCACCCAGAAGAGCCAGGUGUUUCCACUCAGUCUUCAGCUAAAGGGACGGCCAGCCCGGUUCCUGGACAGCUUGGAUCCCAUGAAAGUGGAGGUCUAUAACUGUGCCAUGGGCAGCCCCGACUGUUCCCAGUGCUUAGGCCGUGAGGACCUGGGCCAGCUCUGCGUGUGGAACAACGGCUGUCGCCUGCGGGGUGCCCUGCAGCCCCUCCCUGGCUCGUGCCCUGCCCCUGAGAUCCACUCGAUUGAGCCCUUGAGUGGCCCCCUGGAUGGUGGGACGCUGCUGACCAUCCGGGGCCGGAAUCUGGGCCAGCGGUUCAAGGAUGUGACCCAGGCCGUGUGGAUUGGAGAUGUGGCCUGUGAGCCUCUGGCUGACAGAUACGCCGUGUCAGAGCAGAUUGUAUGUGCCACAGGGCCAGCCCUGAGACCCUUCUCGGACGUAGUGACCGUGAAUGCCUCCAAGGAGGGCCGGUCGAAGGAACGCUUCUCCUACGUGCUACCCCUCGUCCAUUUCCUGGAACCUGCCAUGGGCCCUAAGGCAGGGGGCACCAGGAUCACCAUCCACGGGGGCCACCUCGAUGUGGGCUCUGAACUCCAGGUCCUGGUCAACGACACAGAGCCCUGCACGGAUCUUGUGCGGGCUGCCACCAGCAUCUCCUGCACGGUGCCCAGUGGUACCCUGGCCGCGUCCGUGGCCGUGUGUGUGCGCUUUGAGAGCCAGGGCUGCGUGCGCGGCAACCUCACCUUCUGGUACAUGCGGAACCCUGUCAUUACGGCCAUGAGCCCCCAGCGCAGCCUGGUCAGUGGCGGCCGGACCAUCACGGUGGCGGGUGAGCGGUUCCACAUGGUCCAGAACGUGUCUAUGACCGUGCACCAAAUUGGCCGGGAGCCCACGCUUUGCAAGGUUGUCAACGCCACCCUCAUCACCUGCCCUUCCCCCGGGGCCCUGAGCAACGCCUCCGCACCCGUGGACUUCUUCAUCAACGGGCGGGUCUAUGCAGAUGAGGCGGCCGGGGCUGAGGAGCUGCUGGACCCCGAGGAGGUCCAGCGGGGCAGCAGGUUCCGCCUGGACUACCUCCCCGACCCACAGUUCUCCACGGCCAAGCGGGAGAAGUGGAUCAAGCACCAUCCUGGGGAGCCCUUGACCCUGGUCAUCCAUAAAGAGCAGGAUGGACUGGGGCUGGAGAGCCACGAAUACCGGGUCAAGAUAGGCCAGGUGGCCUGCGACAUCCAGCUCGUCUCUGACAGGGUCAUCCACUGCUCCGUCAACGAGUCCCUGGGUGCCACAGAGGGCCAGCUGCCCAUCACGAUCCGCGUGGGGAACUUCAACCAGACCAUCGCCACGUUGCAGCUGGGGGGCAGCGAGACCGCCAUCAUCGUGUCCAUUGUCAUCUGCAGUGUCCUGCUGCUGCUCUCCGUGGUUGCCCUGUUCGUCUUCUGCACCAAGAGCCGUCGUGCGGAACGCUACUGGCAGAAGACGCUGCUGCAGAUGGAGGAGAUGGAGUCGCAGAUCCGCGAGGAGAUCCGCAAAGGCUUUGCCGAGCUGCAGACGGACAUGACAGACCUGACCAAGGAGCUGAACCGCAGCCAGGGCAUCCCCUUUUUGGAAUACAAACACUUUGUGACUCGGACCUUCUUCCCCAAGUGUUCCUCCCUUUAUGAAGAGCGUUAUGUACUGCCUUCCCAGACCCUCAACUCCCAGGGCAGCUCCCCGGUGCAGGAGACUCACCCGCUGCUUGGCGAAUGGAAGAUCCCGGAGAGCUGCCGGCCCAACAUGGAGGAGGGGAUCAGCCUGUUCUCCUCCCUGCUCAACAACAAGCACUUCCUCAUUGUCUUCGUCCAUGCGCUGGAGCAGCAGAAGGACUUCGCUGUGCGAGACAGGUGCAGCCUGGCCUCCCUGCUGACUGUGGCGCUGCACGGCAAGCUUGAGUACUACACGAGCAUCAUGAAGGAGCUGCUGGUGGACCUCAUCGACGCCUCGGCCGCCAAGAACCCGAAGCUCAUGCUGCGGCGCACCGAGUCCGUGGUGGAGAAGAUGCUCACUAACUGGAUGUCCAUCUGCAUGUACAGCUGUCUGCGGGAGACAGUUGGGGAGCCCUUCUUCCUGCUCCUGUGUGCCAUCAAGCAGCAGAUCAACAAGGGCUCCAUCGAUGCCAUCACGGGCAAGGCUCGCUACACGCUCAAUGAGGAGUGGCUGCUGCGGGAGAACAUAGAGGCCAAGCCCCGGAACCUGAACGUGUCCUUCCAGGGCUGUGGCAUGGACUCGCUGAGUGUGCGGGCCAUGGACACGGACACACUGACACAGGUCAAGGAGAAGAUCCUGGAAGCCUUCUGCAAGAACGUGCCCUAUUCCCAGUGGCCACGCGCCGAGGAUGUCGACCUGGAGUGGUUCGCAUCGAGCACACAGAGCUAUGUCCUGCGGGAUCUGGACGACACCUCGGUGGUAGAGGACGGCCGCAAGAAGCUCAACACGCUGGCCCACUACAAGAUACCCGAAGGUGCCUCCCUGGCCAUGAGCCUCACAGACAAGAAGGACAACACUCUGGGCCGAGUGAAAGACUUGGACACAGAGAAAUAUUUCCAUUUGGUGCUGCCCACAGACGAGCUGUCCGAACCCAAGAAGUCCCAUCGACAGAGCCACCGCAAGAAGGUGCUGCCCGAGAUCUACCUGACCCGCCUGUUGUCCACCAAGGGCACACUGCAGAAGUUCCUGGACGAUCUGUUCAAGGCCAUUCUGAGCAUCCGAGAGGACAAGCCUCCCCUGGCGGUCAAGUACUUCUUUGACUUCCUGGAGGAGCAGGCAGAGAAGAGAGGCAUCUCAGACCCCGACACCCUGCACAUCUGGAAGACCAACAGCCUUCCUCUGCGGUUCUGGGUCAACAUCCUAAAGAACCCCCAGUUUGUCUUUGACAUUGAUAAGACGGACCAUAUCGACGCCUGCCUCUCAGUCAUCGCCCAGGCCUUUAUCGAUGCCUGCUCCAUCUCUGACCUACAGCUGGGCAAAGACUCACCAACCAACAAGCUCCUCUAUGCCAAGGAGAUCCCUGAGUACCGGAAAAUUGUGCAGCGCUACUACAAGCAGAUCCACGACAUGACACCCCUCAGCGAGCAGGAGAUGAAUGCCCACCUGGCUGAGGAGUCAAGGAAAUACCAGAACGAGUUUAACACCAAUGUGGCCAUGGCAGAGAUUUAUAAAUAUGCCAAGAGGUACCGCCUGCAGAUCAUGACCGCCCUGGAGGCGAACCCGGCAGCCAGAAGGACGCAGCUGCAGCACAAGUUUGAGCAGGUGGUGGCUCUGAUGGAGGACAACAUCUACGAGUGCUACAGUGAGGCCUGA